ACGCCGUUGGCGCCAACGCAGGUCGAGGCGCCAGCGCAAGGCCCACUUUCUCGUUUGACCGGAGGAGCCCGAGGACGGGGGCUUGAGGUCCGCGCGGGAUCACGUGGGUUCUCGUCCCCGCUGGUCGGGGUACGAGUAGGGAGCUGGUCUCGCCUAACACAUGCGGCUGGCACGCUUGCGCGUCUUUAUUCGCUCGCCAAGUGGACGUUUCAGAAGGCGAUGGCGUCAGGCACGGAAGGCCCCGGCGCGUCCGCCGGCUACGUGAAGGAGUUCACGCGCCACUGCAGCGACGUGCUGCUCAACCUCAACGAGCUCCGGCACCGCGGCAUCUUGACGGACGCCACCCUGGCGGUGGGCGACGCGCGGCUACGGGCUCACUCCGCCGUGCUGGUGGCCUGCAGCGGGUUCUUCUAUUCGCUUUCCACGCGGGCCGAGCAGCACAUGAGCGUGUCCCUGCCGGGCCACCUGGAGCCCGGCGGCGUCUCCCUCCUGCUGGACUUCAUGUACACGUCCCGCCUGCCCCUGACGCCCGCCACCGCCCCCGGCGUGCUUGCCGCCGCCGCCUACCUGCAGAUGGACCACGUGGCCGACACCUGCCGGGACUUCAUGCGGCUGCACUGCAGGGAAAAGACGAUCAGCAGACACCCCCGAUUGGAGCUGGACCCCAGGGUGUCUGCGGCUUCCGUGGGCCCCAAAGGUGGAGACCUGCCAAAUCCUGGCCCACAAGCGGCGCGCCGAGUCGGGGUGCCGGCCGAGCCGGCGGACCCGCUGGCGCCUCCGCGGAAGCCCGCUUCAGAGGAUCUAAAGAAGGAGCCCGACUCGCCGCCUCCGUCUCCCGGCAGCCCGGCCCGCUGCGGCUGCCAGCCCAGCUCCCCCGCCGAGUCCAAAACCUGCAACAACAGUCCUGCGAGUUGUAACAAGCGGGACGGUCCGGACGCGCUGGCGGCUCAGCGCGACGGCAAAGCCACGCCGGACCCAAAGUGGCGCAACUGGAAAAAGUACAAGUACAUCGUCCUCAACCCUCUGUGCCUCGGGAGCUCGGCGAAGGAGGAGCCACGGCGGCGCCUGGCCGGCGCGGCGCAGGCGUGGCCCGGAGAAGUGCCCGGUCAGAUUGAUAGACAGGGGCAGGCCUCCUGCUACGAGGGUUCUGGCCGAGCCCCUCCCCUCGGGCCACCCGCCUCCGCGCAGGAGGGAGCGGCCAAUGGACCUGCCACUCAUUACCGCCACCAUCAGGCCACCGAUCGGCAGUGCUACGCGCCUCACCCGGGCAACACCAGAGGAGGCAAAACCGUACUUUCGGACGGCAAGCCGUACCGCUGCGACGUGUGCGGCGCCCACUUCAACCGGCCGGCCAACCUCAAGACGCACGCCCGCAUCCACUCGGGCGAGAAGCCGUACCGCUGCGACACCUGCGGCGCCCGAUUCGUUCAGGUGGCUCACCUGCGAGCCCACAUCCUGAUCCACACGGGCGAGAAGCCGUACCCGUGUCACAUUUGCGGCACCCGCUUCCGCCACCUGCAGACCCUCAAGAGCCACCUGCGCAUCCACACCGGGGAGAAGCCGUACUCGUGCGAAAAGUGCGAGCUCCGCUUCCGCCACAAGAGUCAGCUGCGCCUGCACCUGCGCCAGAAGCACGGCGCCGUGACCAACACCAAGGUCCGCUACAAGGUCCUCACCGAGCCCUACCCGCCGCUUCUGCAGGCCUGCUAAAAAACCCCCCCCAAAAAACAUGCAUGAAAGGUUCCGCUGCCUGGUUGGGAAAAAAAAGUUGGAUGAGAGUGUAAGAGGAAGUGUUUGUGGAAGAGUUUGCGAAGAGUUUGAGAGUUCUGAGGAAGGGAACGGAGCAAAGUGUCACGUUGGAGCGAACCCCAAGCGACGGUGAAUUUUGGCAGUUGCUUCAAAGAGGCCAUUUUGAAUCAGUUUUUCUUUUUUUUUUUUUGCCCCCAUUUCGACAUUGAGCAAGACGCAUUCAAAGCAGUGGAAAAGCCCAAAGCGGCUGGGGGGGGGGCGGGUUCUCGUCGGGUCUCAGUCCCUUGAGAGGCCUGGCGCCUCGCAUGUUCUUUGAAAGAACUUUGGCGUUGGAGACGCGCUUGAAAAAAAAAAGCGUUUUUAGCCCCCAAAAAAUGACCAUGAUCAACUAUUGUCGAGAAACGGUCAAGAAUGAGCUGCUUCAUUUGCUGGACAAAGAUGCUUUGUGUGAUUUGAAUUAAAUCGCAGCCUUGAUAUC